UUUCAACUUGGUAGCUUUUUCCCUGUUAGCUUCAGGCGCGCAAACUUCAGCCUCAUAAACAUAAACAUUUCCGAAUCUAUGACCGAAAACUUUAAUUAUACUUCUCCGCCUCACCCAUUUUCAGCUCAGAUUAAGUGGCCAGCCAGCCAUCGACUUACGUCUUACCUACAUACCUACCUAGGUACCUACCUAUCCAUUUCGACAUGGGUUACGACGAGUCUCCCCUAGGCGAGCGAAGAGCCUCGCGAAGUGAUGGCGAUGGCGACGGUGAUUACGAACGCGACAGGCGGAGCCGAACUAGCCACCGUAGCGAUUCCCACCGACGCGAAGCCCGAAGAAGAGAUAGGUCUCGUGAUAGAUCUAGAAAUACAAGACGCCACCGACGUUCUAGGUCUCCCGAUGAUGCGCCUCGCCGUAGAUCGACUUCUCCGGACCGUGACCGCGGUAGAGGAGGCGAACGUAGGCGACGAAGGUCACGCGAUUACGAUAGGCAUAAUGAAAGCUCACACCGCACUCGGGCGCGGGACAACGAUUACAAUCACCGAGACAGAGGUGCCAAACAAAUAGUGAAGCGAAGCGGUCCAUUACCUUCCCAGGCUGAUUCUUUUGCUGUUACGCAAGGCGAGGAACCACCAAAACCGAAGGAGAAACCCAACUUUGGGAACACAGGCGCAUUGGCCGCUGCUUCAAACUCCAUCAUCCAGUCAGACGGUUCCAAGAUAGUACUCAAGUACCAUGAACCGCCCGAAGCCCGCAAGGCCUCUCCGAAGGACCAGUGGAGAUUAUUCGUCUUCAAGGGUGAAGAUAUCGUCGAUACAAUCCCUCUUGGAGGUCGUAGCUGCUGGUUAGUUGGUAGGGAGUUGGCUGUUGUGGACCUACCUGCCGAGCACCCGAGUAUUAGCAAGCAGCAUGCCGUCAUACAGUUCCGCUACAUCGAAAAGCGCAACGAGUACGGAGACAAGGUUGGAAAAGUAAAGCCGUACUUAAUCGACUUGGAGAGUGCCAAUGGAACUAUGCUCAACGGAAAAAAGGUACCCGAAAGCAGAUAUCUUGAACUCAGAGAGAAGGAUAUGAUCCAGUUCGGUCAGAGCACACGGGAGUAUGUUCUAAUGCUUGCUCCGAAGGACUAAACUCUUAUGAAUUUAAACAAAGAACACAGCCUCGCGUGUCAGUUCAGUGUGGCAUAUCGUUGUUACGCUACACUGUGUGACUGUUGCCCAAGUCCCUCGACUGGGGCGCACGAUGAUGUAGGCAGUCGCAGAAUCGCAGAAUCUUCCUCGAACAGCCGCGCUUAGAAAUCAGGCAAUGAACAUCUAGUAGA